UUGGCGAUAAAGUUUUCUAUAUUCGAUUUAAAGACAAAGAUAUUUUUCUAUUUAGCGUGAAUCAUCAUGAUAAAAAUCUGCCUUUUUCCCGACAAGACGAACGGAAUUUAUUAGAGCGAGCAAAAUUGUGUAACACAAAUGAAGGAAGGUUUCGAAAGAUCAUUUGCAUGCGGAUAUAUAACGAACGCGGGUUUUCCCGCAUCAUAACUACCUCAUGCCAUGGCUGAUGCGGGGGAUUUUAGUCUAGUUCCCCAAAUUACCAUAAAAUUUGAGUUUUUCAAAUGCGCUAUUAAUAGUAGACUUACAAUUAUGCUAUAGUGAAAUACAGUUUAAACACAGGUAAAACAAGACGCUUUUAUGUUUUUACACUCUCAUAGCCAGAUAUAGAGUGCAUAGGUACAGGCAAAUUGCUUACGGCGUCGAUUACAGUACAAUUGAACAUUACUUGAUAUAUGAAAGUAAAACUGUAAUUGCUAUAAGCACUGUAAUAUACCGGAUGUAGAAAGAAGUGAUAUCGAGUGUAUUCUCUUUCAAAGAAUUAAACAAUAGAAGUCUUUGGUUCAAGUUAAUAAUCACGUCAGUUCCUGGAACGAACAAACACAUGCUACCAUAAAUAACAUCUUGAGUAAAUACAUUCAACCGGAAUAUAUAAAAUGUAAAAAGAGUUGGUAUCCUUCAUUCAAGCAACUAGUUUGCAAUGAUACUGCACACAACGUUAUUAUAAACAUGGCUCAAUCUAACUAUGGACGAAUUAUCGCGAUCGCUGUCAUUACUCUGAAUGCAGUGAUUUCAGUUGUAUUAGUAAUGGCAGUUGUGUAUGUAUUCUUCCAAGUAAAUCAUUUGCAAGAAGAAAAUCGAAACUUGAGAAGUAAAUGGAAAAAAUUGCAAGUAACGCAUUCAGAAAAUGAUCAAAACACGAAUACAGGUUCUGAAGGGAAAUUGAAAAAGACUGAACUAUGUUGUGGAGUAAAAGGCAAGCGAGGAAGACCAGGUCAGAAAGGCGAUCCAGGGAGAAACGGUGAAAUUGGUUUGCCUGGAAAGACUGGAAGCAAUGGAAUGAAAGGGGAGAAAGGUGAUCAAGGCGUCUGUGAUAAAUCCUGCGGAAAAAAUUCAUUGACAAAUACUCAAGAAACUCCAUUACUUCAUAUGACCGGCGAUGGAAGACAAGAUAAAAAUUUGAACAACUUGGAAGCUGCAGCCGUUUCGUUUUGGAAAAUUUCACAAGAGGCCGGAGACAUUGCCUAUAGCAACGGGCGUAUCACGAUAAAUGUUGAAGGAUUUUACUACAUCUACAGUCAAAUGGUUUAUUGUGGAAGCACUGAACAUGAAGUUGGACACAUUAUGUCAAUCAACGGCACCAGAGUUCUGAAAUCGAAAGUUAUUGCAAAAAAUGGAGGAACAUUCAAUGUCGGAGGCACUUUUAAACUUAACAAAGGCGACAAAAUCACUCUAUCUCCUACGAUUACGAAUGUGUUAUACUGUUUUUCUCCGUACGAAGCUUUCUUUGGAGCUUUUCUAGUUCGCAAAUAAGAGCACUUUCAGGGUUAAUAUGUAUAUGCAAAGCACAUUCUAUCGUUUUGUUGGUUAUGUUUAAUUACUACAGCUUUUGAGUGAAGUAAUAUCGUAACCACCAAACAGACUUAUAAAACAUCCCUUUUUAUUUCAUUUGGGCCAAAUAAUAGGAAAAGGUUUUAUAGUGUAUACCAUAUAGGCAUAUGAGCAUAUGAGCAUAUGCUAUAUAUAACAUGCAUAGUCGAUUUUGCUGUAUUUAGGGAAGUAUAGGGAAAUAAGGAAAGAAAAAACAACGGUCGACCCAGCUUGAUAUCAAGAUGUCAACAAAUGUUUACUCAACGAUUACGAUCAGAUGGUUUUGCAUGACCUCACUAUAAAUACUGCAUGUUAAAAACCCGAACAUUUUGACUAUCCUUGCUUGCACAAUACGGGGUCAACUCUGGUGAAAUCAUCACUCUAGUUUUCCCCCAAGCGUCAAGUGGUUCUGCAUGUCUGAAAAUAUGACAAUCAAACUAUAUAAUACGACAUGCACGAAGUCUUGCAACACAAUCAUUUGCAAAAGUCAGAUCGUUUAACUGGGCCAGCCGGAUUCAUAUAAACAGCCCCUAAUUAAUAUCAUAAAUCAUACAAUGAAUAAACAAUUUCUCAAUUUGCUUGCGGCAGGCAAUGCAGUAAUCUGCUAUUUGCUGGGAAGUUUUUAUUCGGCUAGAGAACAAGUUCGGGAAUUGUCUAUUCAUCAACGUGUGAAGAAAAUAACUUUAGGGGUCGAUUGUAGAAGAUAGUGGGGGCUAGUUUUUUAUAGCUAUAAAAAAAUCGUGUAAGCUCAAAGUUUAUUCAACUGUAUCGGCCUCAGGUCAAUUGAUCAUGCCAAAUUAGAAAUUAUAUAAAAAAUUAAAUGUGUAGGCUCAUUCUCAAGUUUUAUAGCAUGAUAUGGCAUGAAACAAUAAAGUUGUCAACUCUAGCAACUGUAACUAACCGUAUUUCUUUAUUAGUUUAUCAGAUAUAUUGAUAAGUAUGUUUAUGUUUUAUAGUGUUAUAUAUUUUUAUAUAUUUUUAGAGGUAACUUUCAACUCUAUAGGGUCGACAGGCACAAUGAAUAUUGUCACUUUUAAUUUCUAAAUAAAGUAAAAAAGAAACUUCACAGAAAUUUUAAUGAGCUUUUGUAACUAUAUUAUUAUACCGUUAUAGCUAGCUUUUGACGAGUUUUUUGUCGAUAUAAAAAUGGUCCACGGGGCAACCAGAAUACCAAACGAAUAUUAGCUAUUUAAAAAUUCCCCCCCCCCCACAUAAAAACUAUGUCAAUGUUGCAAAUUUCGAUAAAAACGUCCUAAAAACUCGACUUGGCGUAUUUCCCCUAAAUCAC